CAAAUCUUCUGGAAUCGUUCCACAAAUCGCAUCUGCAGGCAAAGGUGGAACGCCCGAGGAAAACAACUCCUGCAGGAAAAUUGGUGAACAUUGCGCUUCUCCGCGGCGAUACGCGUUACGUGAGACUCGCUCAUUGGUCGCAUGCCUUCCGGAAGAAUGCACUACUGGCGGCGCAUCUUUUAUUGUCUUGAAGGAUGGACCUGGAAUUUUUCGGGCACUGUCCAUGGAGAAGGCCAGAGGCGAGUUUUUCAUAGUAGUGUUUUGACUGAACCGCCUGCACUUAUGUACGUAUGAGUGAUUUCGCAGGCCACUUUCAGAGCAGCUUGGAGGUCAGUAGUAAAGUGGUAUUUGGUUGUGUCGGCACGAUACGUCUUCUUGCCGGCUAUUACCUGAUUGUUCUGACAUCUUACGAGGUCGUGGACGAGAUUCAAGGGUUUCGUGUCUACAGAGCGUCUGGUUUUGAUAUUGUGCGUUGUUUUGCGCCAGAGACAUAUGGUUCACUCUCUCCACGGCAGAAAAGAGAUGAAGGUCGAUACCUGCAGCUCUUGCGCGCCUCCUUACAGCGCGGAUCGCGUCUACUCUAUUUUUCAUUGGGUUAUGAUCUUACACUGAACUGCCAACGACAACAUUUAUUUACAAGAAGCUCUGCUAGCUUGCCAAAGUUUAUUGCAAAAGACAAACUGCUGGGUUCCAAGUUAACUCUUCGUGCCAUGCAUUCAAAAGAGGUCGCAAUCACUUAUAGAGGUCGAAUGGCGGUGCCUGGAGCUGUUGAAUACCCGAGAACUUGCUGGCAAACGGCGGACAAAAGUUUUUGCUGGAAUCGGCAUCCAGGUCAAACUCUCGCUACGGCAGUUGCUGCAACGGGAAGCGCUAAUGAGCACGACGUACAGUCGAUGAUUUUGCCUUUGGUGUGUGGCAGCUUUGAAUCAUUGCAAGAAUCGAUCAUGAACAUUACUGUGAAGGUUUCCCUGAUAUCACGGACCUCCAUCGGGCGGGUGGGCAUCCGAAAUCACUGCCGCGGCGUGGAUUCAGAAGGUGAGGCAGCUAACUUCAUCGAAACCGAGCAAGUGUUGGAGAUCCCAGGGCGUGAAGCUUUGUAUUCAUUCGUGAUCGUCCGCGGUUCUGUACCUGUUAAAUGGUCGCAGCCCUUGGUAGACCUUGCGUGGAAUCAGCAGAUCUUGCUGCAUGAACCAUGUGAUAUUGCCCCAGUGCGGAGGCAUUUCAGCCGUUUACUGUCACGAUAUGGGAUCGUGACAGUCGUUGAUCUACUCGGCACAAUUGGGGAUGAAGGUCGCUUGAAAGCUUGUUUUAAAAAGGCAUUAGCGUCGUUGCCCCUACCGCAAACUCAUGAGAAACUUAUACGAUAUUUCCAAUAUGAUGCGCAUGCAGAAUCUCGAAGAGGCUGUCCUGCCUCGCUUAAACGGUUGCAAAUUUGGUCUAAAUUGGAAAUAUGUCACCAAGGUUACUUUGCUAUUACACUGGACGAAGGAACCGAAAGUGUUGUGACGCGAAUGCAGGAUGGUGUCUUCAGGGUAAACUGUAAAGACUGCCUCGAUCGCACAAACAUUUUUCAGUGUCGGCUUGCUCAAAUUGCCUUGCAAGAACAACUUUGUGCAGUGCUGCCUCAAGAUGGCGACAGCAUGAUUCGAAGGUUAAGUAGGUUGCACCGUAGACUCUGGGCCAAUCAUGGUGAUCGCAUAAGCCUGCAGUAUUCCGGGACUGGUGCUUUAAAGCGAGAUGCAGUGCGGGUGGGGAGGCAAACUCUUUCAGGUUUGCUGCGAGAUGGGCGAGUCGCACUCACUAGAUAUUUUAGGGGAAAGUUUUCUGAUGGCUGGGCACAGGAUGGCCUAGAUUUAUGGACGCGGGGGCAUUAUGCAUAAAUAAAAUAGUAAAAUUAUCGUCCGAAUUGUGAGGUGAAUGCCAAGAUUUCUUUCGAAGGUCUGCUCUGCAGGAUAUGGUCUAAACCCACCUGCAGAAAGGGUUAUGCUUGAUUUGUACUUCCUUUCCCAAGCAAAGUGGAUGAAGCAAAAGUAUCAAGUAAUGAGGGAGAUGCCAAUGGCAUUGUAGAUGUCAAGGGAAGUCGACGAUCAUAUGAGUUGUUAAUGUUAAGGGAAGGCGACGAUCAUAUGAGCUCCGUGCCGCAGCAGAUGUCGCAUUUCUUAGCCUAGGGUUCGAUAGGAAAAAAACCUAAGUUCAAAGGCCCUCAAUCCAUAGGGAAACGAAGGCGGGAAAUGACGAGCUCGUUCUAAGCAUCGUGAAGUCGGGAUCAUGUUCUAAGCAUUUGGAGCAGCUUUACGAGACAUCUUGCGAAGUAGGUUGCCCAUCUCUUCUCGCUUCUUCUUGCCUCGAAGAUGAGUUCCAAGCUGCAAAGCGAAACGAACAGUUAGCGUGUAUUGGCAACGAAAUAUAUCUCUUUCGGUUUGUUAAGGAGAACUGUGCAAAACAUUUUAGAGGGCGAUAUCUAGAGGUCGCAUGACCGCCGGGAAAACGAGAAAAGCAGGCGAACA